AUGAGCCGUGAAACGCCACUGAGAGGGGCUUGCUCAUGUGGAAGAAAUCAAUAUGCCAUAAUUAUCCCUCCAGAUUCAACGGAGCAGGCGGAGGUAUAUUUUGAUAUCAGCAGUGAGGAUAGGCGGAUCCAAGGGGCACCCCUAACCGCUUGGCUACGCGUUCCCUUGUUGUGGUAUCAGUCCUUCACAAGGUCUUUUUUCCCAGACGAGACCCAUGCUACUAUACGUCGUGUUUUCGUCCCUGAAAAUGCUCCGCACAGCAGACGCGUUUUCUGUGGCUUUUGUGGCACUCCCUUGACCUUCUGGACCGAGGACCCGCCGGAGGAGGCUGAUUACAUGUCUGUCACAGUUGGGAGUCUUUCAAGUGAUGAUCAAAACAUACUUGAAGACUUGGACAUUCUUCCCAAGGAGAUUGAGACUGGGGAUGUUGCCACUGCUUCAACUGCACUCACCUCAACAGCGCCAUCAGCCCUACAACCAAGCGCUGGUGAUGCUCAGGUUUCAGUCAGCCAUCGAACGGGGGCCAUAUAUGGAAUUCCUUGGUUCGAAGAGAUGAUUCAAGGGAGUCGUCUAGGCCGCGUUGGUAAACACCGACGAGGUUUUGGGUCUUCCGCAGAUAGAUCGGUACAAAUAGAAUGGGAAGUUUCCGAAUGGCAUGACGCGCAUGGGGGUGUGAGGACAAUGCAAAGCCCCGGUUCAAGUCAAGAACGCGUAAGAACUUCUUUUAAAAGAAAGAGCCCAGAGGUUGGUUGA